AUGUGCUGCUGUUCGAAACGGUACACCAACACCGCCAAGAAGCUGUGGGCGUUUGGCGGCGUAGUGGCGAUCUUUGUGGCAGCGGCCUUUUUUGGGUUCGGAUUGCCGGCCAUCAUUGAUGCCGUGGCGCUGACCGAGUUUCGCGUCAAGGAAGGAGCCCGAGUGUACGAGAACUUCUUCGAUGGCGAAGUGCCGAUUUUCUUCGAUAUCUAUCUGUUCAACUGGACGAAUCCGGAAGAAGUACGAAAUCCGAAUGUGAAGCCCAACUUUGUGCAGAUGGGACCGUACGUGUUUUCUGAGCGACACGAGCGUGGAAUGGUGACUUGGAACGCCAACGAUACGCUUACGUUCAACCAGAAGCGCAUCUGGCACUAUCUACCGGAGUUCUCGAACGGGGACUAUUACAACGAUCGCGUCACGACGCUGAACCCAGUGCUAGCGACCGUUGGUAAAACGUUGGAGGGGAACGCACUACUACCGUUUCUUGAUGGCUUAAUCAUGGCAAACGUGCUCGCUGAAUUUCUGUACGAGGACAUUCCGGUGCGUGAAAUGUUAUUCGAUGGGCACCCCGACUUGCUGCUGCAAACGUUGGGCGACUUGCUUGCUAUCAUACCACCGGGCCAACUGCCCGACAUCACUCUGCCUCCUUGGGACGGCUUCGGGUGGUUUGUGGAACGCAACGAAAGUCUCGAAUACGACGGUACGUUCCAGAUGGGCACGGGAGUUGACCAUCGUCAAAACACCGGUGUCAUGCGCCAGUGGAACAACGCCCCACAGGUGCCCAACUAUCGCGGAGUCUGCGGUCAGGUGCGAGGAUCGGGAGGAGAAGUGUGGCCACCGAUGGGACGUAACUUGGGUGACAACAUUAGGCCGCUCCACAUUUUCCUGCCGGAUCUGUGUAGUGCACUCACCUUGCGCCAUGAGUCCGACUUCAGGGUGCACGGUCUGGAUGGAAUGUUGUGGGUUGGGCACGCAGAAAACUUCGACAACGGACAUACGAUGCCAGAAACGGAGUGCCAAUGUACGGCCCCGGUCGAGGAGUGUCCCGUGUAUCCGCCCGGUGUGCUCGACGUGUCGGAGUGUAAAUUUGGCGCCCCGCUGCUCGUAAGCUAUCCGCAUUUCUAUCUUGCCGAUCCGAGCUACGUUGACGCCGUGACAGGCGUAAGUCCCAACAAGACGCUGCAUGAGUUCCGCUUUGCCUUGCAUCCUUUCUCGGGUAUCCCGAUGACCGCGAAUGGCCGCAUCCAGUACAAUAUGCAUCUCAAAGACUAUGGUUUAAGUUUGUUCAGCGAGGUACCAGAUAUUGUAAUUCCCGCAUUUUGGAUUGAGCAACGCAUGGUGCUCACCGAAGACAUCGCCGAUGAUUUAAAGCUCAUUCACAACCUUCGCUGGGGCUUCAUCUACACGGCCUAUGCACUCUGUGGCGUUGGAGCUCUUAUGCUGGGAUUGUCACUCUAUGCCGCCUUUUUUGUGUGGAAGGACUAG